UUGUUUUUAGGUGAAAUGGCAUGGAGCGAACUUUUGUCAAAUUUAUCAACAAAUCCCUAUUUUGGUGCUGGCUUCGGUUUGUUUGGAAUCGGCGCUGGUGCUGCAAUAUUAAGAAAAGGCCUUCAAGGGGGAAUAAUUCUGUUUCGUCGACAUAUGAUGAUAACUUUAGAAGUUCCAUGUAGAGAUAAAUCAUAUCAGUGGCUAUUAAAAUGGAUAACAAUUAAAGGAGCCCGCAAAACUCAACAUUUAAGUGUAGAAACAAACUGUAUCCAAAACGACAAUGGCCAAAUUAAAACCAGCUAUAAUUUUAUACCAAGUAUUGGAAAACACAUAUUUAAAUAUAAAGGAAAUUGGAUUCAAGUGGAGCGGACUAGAGAACAGCAAACAUUGGACAUGCACAUGGGCGUGCCUUGGGAAUCGGUGACAUUAACAGCAUUUGGAAACAAUAAACAGAUUUAUUCUGAUAUUUUAGAUGAAGCUCGCUAUUUGGCUUUACAAGCUACCGAUGUUAAAACUCUUUUUUAUACUGCUAUGGGCGCAGAAUGGAGGGCUUUUGGUCAUCCCCGACGACGUCGUCCAAUUAGCUCGGUAGUAUUAGAUCAUGGAGUUUCUGAAAAGAUUAUUGGUGAUUGCAAUGACUUUAUUCAAAGUUCUAUUUGGUAUACUCAACGGGGGAUUCCUUAUCGUCGUGGAUACUUACUUUACGGACCCCCAGGUUGCGGAAAAUCUAGUUUCAUAACUGCUUUGGCUGGAGAAUUGGAAUAUAGCGUUUGUUUAUUGAAUUUGUCUGAAAGAGGCCUUACCGAUGAUCGACUUAACCAUCUUUUGAAUGUAGCACCAGAGCAAACCAUAAUUUUACUUGAAGAUAUUGAUGCAGCAUUCGCUUCUCGGGAGUUAACUUUGCAACAAAAAUCUGCAUACGAUGGCAUUAACAGAAUAACUUUUAGUGGAUUGUUAAACUGUAAACUGGUUGGUAAACUAUCAAUUAGCAAGAAAUGUUUUUUUAUGAAACAUAAAUUAUCUUCCCCACAAACUGUUAUUAAUUGUAGUGAAGAUAUUUGGGAGAAUUGUUUAAGCAUUAAUAAAUAAUCCACUUUUCUUAAUCCGAA